CCGGAAUCGCAAUUGAUCCACCAUCAGCGCUGAACUGCCCCCAUACAUCCUCCGUCUGCCCUCCGGAUCCACGCGUACGAGCACGACGACGACGACAAUGUCCGCUCAACAACCCCCCGCUCCCACACCCGAGGAACAAGCACGCCUCCUCGAUGAAGCACUGACGAGCGUACGACUACAAAGCGCACAAAUGCGGAAAUGUCUCGAUAGUAAUCGAUUGAUGGACGCGUUGAAACAUGCUAGUACCGCAUUGAGUGAAUUGAGGAGCUCGAGUUUAGGGCCGAAGCAGUAUUAUGAGUUGUAUAUGUCGAUUUUUGAUGUGUUGAGGUAUCUUUCGACGUAUCUUCACGAAGCGCAUUUAGCCGGCCGACACCACCUUGCGGAUCUUUACGAACUCGUGCAGUAUGCUGGUAAUAUCGUUCCGAGGUUGUACCUCAUGAUUACGGUUGGGGCGGUAUAUAUGGGUAUCCCGGACGCACCCGUGAAGGAGAUCAUGCGAGACAUGAUGGAGAUGAGUCGUGGUGUCCAGCAUCCUAUCAGAGGAUUGUUCCUCCGUCACUACCUCUCCGGCCAGACCAGGGACCACCUCCCGACCUCCCAAACCCCCGACGACCCCCGCGGAAACCUAACCGACAGCACCUCCUUCAUCCUCACCAACUUCAUCGAAAUGAACAAACUCUGGGUCCGCCUCCAAUACCAAGGCCACUCCCGCGACCGCGCAAAGCGUACCCAAGAACGCCGCGAACUCCGCAUCCUCGUCGGCACAAACCUCGUCCGACUCUCGCAAAUCGACGGUCUCGGCCUCAAAGAAUACUCCGAAGACUUACUCCCGCAGAUUCUGGAGCAGGUGGUACAAUGCCGGGAUCAAUUGGCGCAGGAGUAUUUGAUGGAAGUUAUUAUUCAGGUGUUUCCGGAUGAGUGGCAUUUGAGGACGCUAGGGCAGUUGUUGGAGGCGACGAAGAAUUUGGGGCCGGGGGUUGAUGUGAAGGGGGUUGUUGGGGCGAUGGUUGAUCGGUUGGCGGCGUAUGCUGCAAGGGAGGCCGAGGCUGAUUCCAAUAAGGAGGACAAUGUGGAAAAUGUGGAACAAGGCGUGGAAAAGUUGGACCUCAACAACGGUGAGGAAAAGAGUGAAGGGGAGAAUGGAGAGAAGGAGGAGAGAUAUAGGGGUAUCCCGGUUUCGGUACCCUUGUUCGACAUCUUUUGGACGCAGAUCACCUCCCUGAUUACUGCUCGUCCGGAUUCUCUUACGAUCACCGAUAUCUCCGCUCUCCUGUUGUCGAUGACGAACCUCGCCCUCAACUGCUACCCAGAGAAACUCGACUACAUCGACAAGAUCCUCGCGUACGCCCGUACCAAGGCCAACGAAGCCAAAGAGGGUGAUCCGCAGAACUUCAGAAGCGCGGAGACUACCAAUAACUUCUUGGGCCUCUUGUUAGCGCCGGUUAGGGGGUAUGAGACGCUCUUGACCGUACUCAAGUUGGAGAAUUUUACGAAGUUUUUGGAGGGGAUGGAGGAGGGUACACGACGCUCCGUCGCCGCUGAGGUCACACGGGCUACCCUCCGCUCCGGAACUCCGAUCGAGACCCCGGAGGACGUGGAGGGUGUACUCGAGUUGUGUAAGGUCUUGAUCACGGAUAGCGGAGCACAAGCAAAUUAUCCACAAGUCGCAGGUAAACGCGGUGAUUCGGAAGACAUUAUCGAAGAACAAGGAUGGCUCGCACGAAUGGUUCAUCUAUUCCGCAGCGAAGAUCUGGAUACGCAGCUCAAGCUGCUACAAACCGCGCGGAAGGCUCUUGCAGAGGGUGGAGAGAGGAUGAGGUAUACCAGCCCUGCACUCGUUACUGUCGGGUUGAGAUUGGCGAGGAGUUGGAAGGGGAGGGAAGGGGUGGACGAGGAGUGGACACAGAAGGCGGGUGCGGUGUAUAAGUUCGUGCAUCAGAUCAUCACGGCGCUCUCGAACCGCGUCGGAGCCGCCGCAGAAAUGUGUUUCCAGCUCUACAUCUUCGCGGGACAAAUCGCCGAUCAAGGUGGUGCGUUCGAGGAGAUCGCGUACGAGUUCUUUGCGCAGGCGUUCGUGGUGUAUGAGGAGUCUAUCUCCGAGAGCCGUGCACAGUUCCAGGCUGUAUCGUCGUUGUCGAGGGCGUUACAGAGAACUAGACAUUUCGGGGGAGAGAACUACGAUACGCUCAUUACGAAGUGUGCGUUGCAUGGGAGUAAGUUGUUGAAGAAGCCGGAUCAGUGUCGGGCUGUGUAUCUGGCGAGCCAUUUGUGGUGGCAGACGGAUGGUGAUGCACCGGAAACGGGAACCGAGGACGAAAAUGGAGAGGAGAAGAAGGGAAGCUCGGGGGAGUUGUGCUGUGUGCCGAAUCGCGUGUUGGAGUGUCUUCAGCGUGCGUUGAAGAUCGCUGAUGCGUGUAUGGAUACGCAAACGAGUGUUUCGCUCUUUGUCGAGAUCCUGGAUCAGUUCAUUUAUUAUUAUGAGCGACAGACAGAAUCGAUUACUCCGAAGUUCAUUAACGGCCUCAUCGAGUUGUGUCAGCAGAAUAUCGCGAAUAUGGAGCCGCCUAGGAAUGAGCAUUUCGAGCGGACGUUGAAGUAUAUUGAGGUCAGGAGGGGGGGGGAUGAUCGGUGGAUGAGCAUUUCUGUUGGGCACUAG